UGUUAGCUUUCCGUAGGGGUGAACAAACAUGAGGCGUAUUACAUUUGUCCUAUUUCUGGUGGCAGUGGCCCGGGCUAUGCCAGCCCUGGACAAAGAUGCCAACGACCCCAGCUUAGUUAGCAGCGUUAUUGGCGUCGUCAAGGAGUGUGUUGAAGGGGAUGUGUCUUUGUGCCUUAAGGAGAAAGCUCUGAAGUAUGUGGAGAACCUGUCGUCCGCGCGGGAGAUGGAUCUAGCUGAGGGUGUCACACUGAUCGGCAAUGGAUCACCAAGGUCUGCUAGGUCAUACGAGCCAUUGGCUGACGAGCCAAAAAUCAGAGAAGCGCAGGUUGAGUCCAGGCUUGUUGACUCGGCAGCGGAUUUCUUGGAGAACCAUGUCAUUCAGUUCCGACUACCCUCAUCAGCUGUCGAAGGCAUGAAGCGUUCACUUGAAGAAGCUCGUGGCAAGAAGAAGAAGAUCAAGCAGCUCCUCCCUCUUUUGGCCAUUGCUAAGCUGAAGAUUAUGGCUUUGAUCCCUCUAUUCCUCGGUAUUAUUGCUUUUGCCGCUGCCAAGGCUGUCCUCUUAGCUAAGGUCGCUCUUCUGGUUGCUGGUAUUCUUGCUCUGAAGAAGCUCCUCGCUAGCAAGCAUCACGAAACCAGCUACGAAGUGGUCGCUCACCCACACCACGAAGAGCAUUACGCCAGCAGUGGUCACGGCUGGGGAAGAUCAAUUGACGAUAGCCAAAACUUGGCUUAUGCCGCACACGUUAAAUCAGAUUAA